AGUCUCUCUUUUGCAGUGAAGUUCAAAUCGUUAUAUAUAGAAACCACAGAACUAAAAAACAAUACAACGAACUGGAAACAAAAUCUUCUCCUCUUUGCUUCUAAAACCCCCCAACCAAACACCACCUCCACCACCACCACAUUAAUCACGUCUCCUCUCUUUUAACCGCCGCUACCUCUUAGCCAGCGUAACGCAUGCAACCUCGACCUCACCAUCCUCCACGCCGUUAUCCUCACUUUCUUUAAGAAUCUUUAAAAUCACUUCUCUAGCUGCUAAAAUCAAAAUGUCACGCGUUGUAGCAGAAGAUUACUCACCUAGUCGAGAUUCUGGUACGAUGCCAUUUUACACCCAAUCCAUCUCCAUGGAUUUCACUAAUCACCACCCCCAGCCACCUUUCUCCUCCACCGCAACGUCGCCGACGCUGGGUCAGUUACUAAAAAACGUCGGUGACCUCCGCCGUGAAGCCACCGGAAAUGGCAGCGAGACCCCGGUGCACCAAGUCCUCGAGCUUGGAAGCACGAAUCUUGAGGUUCCGCGAUCGAUUCCAUUUGUUCUUUCUUUCAACAACCUCAAAUACAGCGUCAAGGUUCGCCGGAAGUUUAGACUUCGGUCAAUUCUCCCCAGCCGGAAUAUCCACCGCACCGGCGCUACCACAGAUAGCGAUCCAGUCGGAGGUGAAAGCCUCUCCACCACCACUAAGACUCUCUUGAACGACAUCUCAGGCGAGGCACGUGAUGGCGAGAUUCUGGCCGUUCUCGGCGCGAGUGGAUCCGGAAAGUCAACACUCAUUGACGCACUUGCGAACCGAAUCGCUAAAGGAAGCUUGAAAGGCACAAAGACGCUAAACGGCGAAGUUUUGGAGUCUAGAAUGUUGAAGGUGAUAUCAGCUUACGUCAUGCAAGACGAUUUGCUAUUUCCAAUGCUAACAGUGGAAGAAACUCUAAUGUUUGCGGCUGAGUUUCGGUUGCCGAGGAGUUUGUCAAAUUCCAAAAAGCGGUUGCGCGUGCAAGCCUUAAUUGAACAAUUAGGGCUUAAAAACGCGGCAAAAACCGUAAUUGGUGAUGAAGGGCAUAGAGGUGUAAGUGGAGGUGAACGACGUCGUGUAUCGAUUGGGAUUGAUAUAAUUCACGAUCCGAUCAUUCUUUUUCUUGAUGAGCCCACGUCCGGUUUGGAUUCAACAAGUGCGUUCAUGGUUGUGAAAGUUUUGCAAAGGAUAGCACAGAGUGGAAGUAUUGUGAUUAUGUCAGUGCACCAGCCAAGUUAUCGAAUUCUUGGGUUAUUAGACCGGUUGAUAUUUUUGUCGCGUGGACAAACUGUUUAUAGUGGUUCACCGAUGAGUUUACCGGUUUAUUUCUCGGACUUUGGGCAUCCAAUACCGGACAGCGAGAACCGGACGGAGUAUGCCUUGGAUUUGAUCAGAGAACUUGAAGGGUCACCAGGAGGGACUAAGAGUUUGGUGGAGUUUAACAAAUCAUGGCAUGAUUUAAAGCUUUCAAGAAAUGGAAGGGGUGAACCGGACGGGGGUGGUUUGUCACUUAAAGAAGCUAUCAGUGCUGCCAUUUCUAAAGGGAAGUUGGUGUCUGGUGCUACUAAUAAUGAUGCUAUAAGUCCCAAUUCAAUGGUGCCAACUUUUGCAAAUCCGGUUUGGAAGGAAAUGGCAGUGUUGUCAAGAAGAUCGUUUAUGAAUUCAAGAAGGGUUCCGGAAUUGUUUGGGGUCCGAUUGGGUGCUGUCGUGGUUACUGGGUUUAUUUUAGCUACAGUGUUUUGGCAGCUUGAUAGUUCACCAAAAGGAGUGCAGGAGCGAUUAGGGUUUUUCGCUUUUGCCAUGUCAACAACUUUCUACACUUGUGCUGAUGCCCUUCCAGUUUUUCUUCAAGAAAGGUAUAUUUUCAUGAGAGAAACGGCUUAUAAUGCUUAUAGAAGAUCAUCUUAUGUGUUAUCUCAUGGACUUGUUGUGCUGCCAUCGUUGAUUUUCUUGUCAUUUGCGUUUGCUGCGACAACGUUUUGGGCUGUUGGGCUAGAUGGUGGUUUUUCAGGGUUCUUGUUUUACUUCUUGAUAAUCUUCGCUUCAUUUUGGGCUGGGAGUUCGUUUGUGACAUUUCUAUCCGGUGUGGUGCCUCAUGUCAUGCUUGGUUAUAUCAUAGUUGUGGCUAUUUUGGCAUAUUUCCUCCUUUUUAGUGGGUUCUUUAUCAAUCGUGAUCGAAUCCCUUCUUACUGGAUAUGGUUUCACUACUUGUCGCUGGUGAAAUACCCUUAUGAAGCUGUUUUGCAAAACGAGUUUCAAGAUGCAACCAAGUGUUUCGUAAGGGGUGUCCAGAUUUUUGACCAAAGUCCACUCGGGGAAGCACCCACAUCAUUGAAACUUAAAUUGCUCGAAUCCAUGAGCAAUACACUGGGGAUGAAGAUCACUAGCUCCACAUGCUUGACUACAGGGGCAGACGUGUUGCAGCAGCAAGAUAUUACAGGUUUGAGCAAGUGGAAUUGCCUGUGGGUCACUGUGGCUUGGGGGUUCUUGUUUAGGAUUCUCUUUUACGUCUCUUUGUUGUUGGGGAGCAAGAACAAGAGGAGGUGAUGAUGAGGGUAAUAAAUUAGAUGGUCGGCCGGUGGUUAAUUUGUUUGGCGGGAGGAUGAUAUACUGUGUAGGAAUUACUUUACCGUUGGCUUUAGUUGAGUUGCAGGCUUGAUCUGGUGUUAAACUGUUAAUAUAAACAGUUCAAUAAUGUUCAUUUAGAUAAUAAUAGUAAAAAAAAAAACAGUAUUUUUUGUA